AUGCCGACUUUCAGUGCAUCAACCACGAUCCUCACCAUCGCUAUCAUCCUCUAUCUGGCCAGACCAGCUCAUGCCUUUGGAGCAGGAAAUAUCGGAUCCGUUUCUAAAGUUGAAGGUGUCAACUGGCGUCAUGGCGACAUCGAAGAUACCCUCCUCAAGCUUUUUAUGGCACGGGCCGCGGGCGGCAAGAAAUUCAGCAAGAUGAAUGUAGCUCGCGUCUACUUUGGAAAUUGGUUGAGAGAUUAUUCGCAAGCUAUCGAUGUCGGUACCGUCAAGUAUGUGAGCGCAGAAGCGAUUCGAAUCUUGCUCUGGAUUCUAGGAUUCAUGACCUUCGGAUAUGGUACUGGAGAAUUCGAAGUUACUUCCAAGAGACUUGGUUGCUACCGUCCAGAGGAUCACAUUGACAACCCAAAGGACUAUGCUGACAACAUCGACGCUACCCAAUAUGACCGCCGUCUUCGCGGACUUGUUGAUGAACGUGUUGAAUUGGCCAUUGACCCAGAAACCGGAAUGAAGAAUUACAUUGCCAAUGAACGUGCUGGAAUCAUGACCUCAGCUCUUCACGUCCGAAAAUUAUUCGGAGAAUGUAUUCGUCUGGGCAGAUCUUAUGGUAGAUCAAACAACAAAGAUGAGCUUUAUGAAGCACUUCGUUUACUUGGGACUGGCCUUCAUUGUCUAGAGGAUUACUCCGCUCACAGCAAUUAUAUCGAACUUGCAUUGAUCGAGAUGGGCGAGCGAGAUGUCUUCCCUCAUGUCGGUGAAAAUACGGCUAUCCGAUUACGAGGCGCUCGUAGUGCUGUAUUCCCGCUUGUUACAGGAACCUUCGGCGGUGUUGACUUUCUACAUUCAGUAUGCGGAGAGAUGGAUGAUAAGGCAACUCAGUCCGAAAUUGAGAGUCUUGAAGGUACUAUGCAACAAAGUGGCAACGCUGACACUAGCGCCCUGAAAGACAUCCUGAACGCAAUUCCCAGUGGCAUUUUCGGCGACAAGGAUCCAGCAGGUAAAGCCGACGAGCUGCAAGAUAAUGCAACUGCUGCUCAGAUGAAUCAAGUCAGGGUGUCCCCUCGGGAGCCUGAAGAAUUUACUCAGCAGAUGUUGGAGGUUCAACAGCAGAUCAAACCCAUCAUUCAAUGGCACGACGACAUUAUGCACUCAAUCUCUGAUGCUAUUGAGGAGAUUCCGGUUCUUCCAGAGCUUAUUGAGCAAGUGGAGGAACAAAUCAGCGUCUUUGUUUUCUCUCUCCUGGCUCCAUUUGUCCUCCCUAUCAUCCGCCAAAUCAAGAAUGAGUUGAACACCGGCUCUUCCGAGAUUAUCCAGAGCAGUAAGGAUAAGCAGUUGAUCGUUUUCAACGAUCCUGAUUGUUCGGAUCCUACUCACUCUAUGCUGGCAAAGGAUCAUUUCUCUAACAUUCUCAAUGAAGCCGGUGGCAAGAUCGCCUCAGCAGUACUCACAUGGGCUGUUCCACAACUUAUGGCUGCUUGGGAUGACGAUAACAUUGAUGUUGACCGCACCAUCACCCGUAUCAUCAAUGGUGUUUUUCAUCAUCCUACUCUUCGAGACCAAGGCCAAGAUGGAGCAUCUGAUGGUAGACGUGCCAUGUUUGCUGUUGUAGAGCAAUGGUGGGGCAACAUGGAUAGACGUGAGCAACAAGACUACCGACGGAAACUUGCACGUGACGGCGUCAUGAACGGCGAGAACCACAAAGAAGGCGUCCACGAUGGAGGCCACGGCUGUGGACAUCCGAUUAAGAUGCACAAGAGUGGCGCUGGCGGCGGUGGGCCUGCCGGAGAUCUACUUGGUGGUAUUGCUCAGGCAGUGUCUGGCGGUUCUGGCGGCAAGCAAAGUAGCUCUGGUGGUCCCCUCGGUGGCCUUGUUGGUGCUCUUGCUGGAGGUGGUGCUGCCGGAGGCAUCUUGGGCUCCAUUCUCAGCAGUGAUAAUGAUUCCAAGACAUACGGUUCGCAAGGCUACAACUCUCAAGGCGACUACGAGCAAAAAGUCACCCAAGUCUCUCAUCAAGGAGGCCGAUACGAACAACAACAAUACAGUGAGACCCAACAAAACGACGGGGGCCGCCGCACUGAAUAUUCGAGCUACGAGCAAUCUGGAAACAGUGGGUCUGGCUACGAUAGACGUACUGAGUCUCAUGGAGGUUACGAGCAAACGCAAGAGUCCACUUACGGUGGAGGCCGCCGACGUGACAGCAACGAAGGUCGUCAACAGUAUGGUGGAGGUGGUGGCGGCUAUGGAAACGAGUCACAGGGUGGCCGCCGUGGCAGCAAUGAGAGACUCGAAGGCUAUGGCGGACAAGGCGGCUUCAACCAGCCGGAAUUCAAUCGCCGCGAGGAUUCCUACGAGCAACGUCAAGAGUAUGGCGGUGGCCGUCGUAGAGAUAGCAAUGAAGGCCGUCAGGAGUAUGGUGGUGGUCGUCGAGAUAGCAAUGAGGGUCGUCAGGAGUAUGGCGGUGGCCGCAACGAGUAUGGUAGCCAACAGGAAUAUGGUAGCGGCGGAAGAAGAAACAGCAAUGAAGGACAGGACGAUGGAUUCGGCGAAGCUGCUGAGGCGGUUAGUGGGAUCAUUGGUGGGUUCCUCGGUGGAAACAACGAUGGACGUGGUGAGAGACGUGAGGAGGGUGGUGGUGGUUGGUUCAGCUAG